AUGUCAUCAAUACUGACCUCUAAUGAAGUAUCUCAUAAAGAGAAUAAGAAGGUCAUACCACAAAAGACUCCCGAUGCUGCUGCUCAUUUAGUAUCUGGAGCAAUUGCUGGUUUAGUGUCAGCAGUAACAUUACAACCAUUUGAUUUAUUAAAAACUAGAUUACAACAACAACAACAUACCAAUAAACAUGAAGUUAGAACAUCACUAGUGAAAGAAUUAAAGAAGUUAACCAAAAUUAAAGAUCUUUGGCGUGGAACUUUACCAUCAACAUUAAGAACAUCAAUUGGAGCAGGAUUAUAUUUUACAAUAUUAUCAAAAAUGAGAUCGAAUUGGGCAAUAUACAAGAAGAAACAUAAUCAGAAUGUUGAUACCAAAUCUGAAUCUUCAGUAUUACCAAAAUUAACGCCAAUGGAGAAUUUAACUACUGGAUUUGUUGCAAGAGCAAUUGUGGGUUAUAUAACAAUGCCAAUAACUAUAAUUAAAACAAGAUUUGAAAGUAAUUUAUAUAAUUAUAAUUCAAUGUAUGAAGGUAUACUGGGGAUUUACCUAGAUGAUAAAAAGACAAAUCAUGGAUCUAUUAAGAAUUUUUUCAGAGGUUCAAUUGUAACAUUAGCAAGAGAUUGUCCAUAUGCUGGAUUAUAUGUUUUAUCAUAUGAACUGUUUAAAAAUGAUAUUUUACCAUUAUUUAUACCGAAACAUUUUGGAGGUGAUCAUCAUUCAAGUUUAAUAAAUUCAACAGCAGCUGUAUUGGGAGCUGUAACCUGUACAACAAUUACAGCGCCAUUUGAUGCAAUCAAAACAAGAUUACAAUUAACCAAAAAUGGAACAAUGUGGAAUACUUUUAAUACUUUAAUUCAUGAACAAGGUGGGAUCAAAAAUUUAUUUAGAGGUUUAAGUUUAAGAUUAGGUAGAAAAGGUGUAAGCGCUGGAAUAAGUUGGUGUAUAUAUGAAGAAUUAAUAAAAUCAAAUUUUACCAAAAAGCAUUUUGCAUAA